AUGCAACUUCGCGAGACCAUCCUACAACAGAAGGAGACAAUUGUCAAUCAGUUAGAAACGAUUAAAGAGCUGACGUCUAAGCUGUCACGCUGUGAGUCUGACUCCGAAGCGUUUAGGAAAAUUAAUAAGGACACAAUGGACGAUGUGCCUAAAAUUCCAAAUGACACCAUUGACGUUCUUGGAAAAACCAUGCAGAGAGGAGCUGGAUUUAAAUCACCAGAGAAUUUCAAGAUCUCUCUUCCUCUUCGCACAAAUUACCUUUUUGGACAAGUAAAGAAAAGCCUGCCAGAAAUGUACGCCUUCACUAUCUGCAUGUGGCUCAAGUCAGGUUUGAGCCCUGGCAUCGGAACCCCAUUUUCCUAUGGAGUGCCUGGACAGGCAAAUGAGAUUGUACUGAUCGAAUGGGGCCAUAACCCUAUAGAACUGCUCAUUAAUGACAAGGUGGCACAGCUACCUCUAUCACUGAGUGAUGGGAGGUGGCACCAUGUCUGCAUCACUUGGACUACUAGGGAUGGGCUUUGGGAAGCCUACCAGGAUGGCCAAAGAUUGGGCUCAGGAGAAAAUCUGGCUCCCUGGCACCCUAUCAAGCCCGGAGGAGUCCUUAUCCUGGGCCAAGAGCAGGAUGUAGUAGGGGGGCGCUUUGAUGCCACCCAGGCCUUUGUGGGGGAACUGAGCCACUUUAACGUCUGGGAUCGGGUCCUGCGCUCCACGGAUAUCACUGCCAUGUCAAACUGCUCAUCCUACAUACCUGGGAAUGUGGUGGCCUGGACCGACAGUAACAUCGAGGUGUUUGGUGGAGCAUCAAAGUGGCCGCUGGAGCUAUGCGAAGAUCGGCUAUUUGACAAUUAAUAUUGUCAAAUAUUCUAUUAGUGAGCGAUAUUAAAUCCUUUUCAUCCUCAAAAAGUGUUCAUCACUUAAAAAGUAGCAAAUAGUUUAGAAAAAUCUACUUAAAUGAACUAUAUCAAUGAUAUAUUUAAAUAUUCCUGGAUAGAUUACAAAAUGCAGAUAAAUGGAACAUUUCCGUUGAUAUAUUCAGUUGACAUAUUUGUGGCUAAAGGAAAGAUGGUACUACCAUGGUACUCUUAAAAAUACCAUAUCACUGAAUGAUUAUCAUUUAUGUACAGUGUAUUUACAUUAUACUCCAUGGUAUAUUACCAUGUCACCUUUUUGAUGCACACAAAAGCACACAUCCGUAUGUGUAUCCUGUUAAAAUAUAGCUGCGUUCACACCAUGUUGAAAUUACCAGAAUUAUGAGAUAACUACUUGUAAAAAGCGUUCAUGUCCUUGUAGAACUCAUUAUUGCAAUUUUUUUUUAACUUAUCAUGUGGAAACACUUAAAAUGACAGCAGCUUCAGAAGAAAAAAAUGCAGUUAUUUCAUAUUUCUGAUUAAUAAUUCCUAUGUAUGCGACUACUGUUCAUUUCUUGAUAAUGCAAGAAUAAUCUGUAAAUAAAAAAAAACAUACAAUACAUUUUAAUGUAGCUAGCACAGAGUUAGCACAGAAUGACUUUCUAAUGCCCCACUGACUAAACUAUAUGGUUAUUAAAAAGGCAUUUUCAUUAUAUGUUGUAUUGAGGUUUCGUGUAUUGUUUACUCAAAUUACACAUUAAUUUUGGUGUUAAGUGUUGCCAUAAAAACUCAUAAUUCCAAUUCUGAGGACAUGAACAGCUCUAAGUAGGACAUCCUGGGUUGCCAUCUAAUAAUAUUAUUACAACAUGGCAUGACUGCAGCAAAAGCUUUUAGAUCAAAAGAGAGUGUUCUCACGGCUUUCCGUGUCCUCUUUGAGUGUGCAUUGUUGUCCUGUGGUCUUAGAGUGCCUAAGUUAACAUGCUAAUGUUUCAUUACAAAGCUGUUUUUGAUUUAAGAACAAGGCCAUACAUUAUACAGGAGGAACACUUGGAUCUUGUGUUGUACAAAAGUCUUAAAUUUAGACUUUGGUGAGGGAAAUCACAUUUGAGAUCAAAUUUACAGUGGUGCCGUUAGCCUGUUGAGUAUUACUGCAGACUGCCAGAGCUACAGUAAUAAUGUGCUUAGGGCACCAUAAAUCUUUCUUUUUAAAAUCUGUCAUCGAUUCUUAUAAAUAGAUAUUUAAAGGGGUCAUAUG